AGUUCUAUUUCUUUAGUAAACACUGCCAAAAACAGAUGGUGGUUUUUAAAGUUUUGGUUCUAUGUUUAUUUAUGUAUUUACAUAUGUGUGUGGUACGGGCAGAUGUGUGCGCAUGUGUGUGGGUGACCUGCUCGUGUGUGUAGGCUUGAAGACCUGUCAGGUGUCUCUCGUCACUCUCUACCUCAGUUUUGUAACAUGUCUCACUAAACCUAAAGCUUACUGUCUCAGCUAUCCUGGCUGGCCGUCACCUGCCUGCUUCUACCCCACCCUUCGCUCUGGAGUUACAGGUGAAUCCUGGAGAACCUGGCUUUAAAUGAAUGCUGGGGCCUGAACCCAGGUCCUCAGGCAUGCAUAGCAAAAGCUUGACCUCCUAAACCAUCUCCUCCAUCCUCUCCUGUAAAAGAUACAAAUAACUCCAGAGUCUAAGAAUACCAAAAUUCUAAGCCUUUUAGAUUUUUAAGCCUUUAAUCCCAGGACUCAGGGGGCAGAGGCAGGUGGAUUUCCAUGAGCUUGAGGCCAGCCUGGUCUACAGAGUGAGUCCCAGGACAGCCAGAGUAUGAUGGUUUUUAUAUAUGCUCAGCCUACAGAGUGACACUAUUAGAAGGUGUGGCCUUGUUGGAGGAGGUGUGGCCUUAUUGGAGUAGGUGUGGCCUUGUUGGAGUAGGUGUGUCACUGUGGGCGUGGGCUUUAAGCCCCUCACCCUAGCUGCCUGGAAGUCAGUAUUUUGCUAGCAGCCUUCAGAUGAAGAUGUAGAACUCUCAGCUCCUCCUGCACCAUGCCUGCCUGGAUGCUGCCAUGCUCCUGCCUUGAUGAUAAUGGACUGAACUUCUGAACCUGUAAGCCAGCCCCAAUUAAAUGUUGUCCUUUAUAAGAGUUGCCUUGAUCAUAGUGUCUGUUCAUAGCAGCUAACGAAGACACAGGGCUAUAAAGAGAAACCCUAUAUCAAAAAAUAAACAAAAUGAUAAUAAAAAUUUAGGCAAUCAUUGAGCUCAGAGGGUACACUUUAUAAUCAGUGAAAAAUAGGUCUAGGGGUGCAAAUCAGUGGUGUAAGUUUUGCUCAGGUUACUUUCUGUGAAAUUGUUCUACCAUUCAAAAGCCACAAAAUAUAUCUCCCAAUAUUGGAAUGUUGUCAUUAAAAUAUAAGUGUUAGAAUUAUAAUUAUAAUGAUAAUUAUAAUUAUCAUUAUAAUUAUAAUGCUUUUAAGACUUCAGAAACAUUCUCCAACUCAUUGCACUCAGAGUCAAGCACCUUUCCAGGUUCGGUUACAUUAUAAUUUUGGCCUCUUUAUUUAUACCAAUCAAUAUAUAUUUGAAACAAUUCUAUGUAGAAUUUUCUUUUCUGUCUCCACAGACCUACAUGACUUAGGGUUUCAAAUGCUGUUUGAGACACCAUGACCACAGCAACUCCCAUAAAGGAAAGCAUUUCAUUGCGUCUGACUUACAGUUCAGAGGUUUAGUCCAUCAUCAUGAUGGGAAGCACAGUGGUGGGCAGACUCUGUGCUGGAGAAGGAGCCAAGAGUCCUGCCUUCCAAUCUGAAAGCAACAGGAAGAAAGAGUUCAUCACUGGACCUGGCUUGAGCAUCUGAAACCACAAAGCCCACCCAGAGUGACACACUUCCUCCAACAAGGCCACACCCACUCCAACAAGGCCACACCUCCUAAUAGUGCCACUCCCCAUGGGCCUAUGGGGGCCAUUUUCAUUCAAACCUCACUAAAAAAAAAAGUUAUUAAACUUUUCUGGGUAAAAGAGUCAGAAGCAGGGGUUGGGGAUUUAGCUCAGCGGUAGAGCGCUUGCCUAGCGAGCCCAAGGCCCUGGGUUUCAGUCCCCAGCUCCGGAAAAAAAAAAGAAAAAAAAAAAAAAAAGAGUCAGAAGCACACUAGAAUGAAGACUUUUUUUUUAUUUAUAACAAUUACUCUCUGACAUCAGUUGAGUUUUAAAGUGAGGGUAGUUACUAACAUUAGGGGAAAGGUGCAAAAGAAGAGAAAAGGUAGGCAGUGAACCCAAGGGGAGCAGGUUUUGAAGACUGAGGAGAAAGUGAUGUCUAGAAAACAGGAAAAUCAAGUAGGACUUCUGUUGCUCUCCAUCAGGGGUCAAAAAAUUUGAAACUGUCAAAAAUGUCAGGGCUUUAACAAGAAGCAAACACAAGAUUCAAAAACCAAACAUUCUUCCUGAAACCUGUAGGGUUUUUCUUUACAAAUGAACACUGUCUGGAAAAGCACACUGUCACCUGCCUCCCGACCUCGUCCCCACCACUCUGACUAAUUUCAUCCCCCUAGAUGAUAAAGCUCCCAAACUCAGUCAGGGAAGUCAGAAUUCACCGUUCAUCUCUUUACUUAGGUAAGAUCAUUAUUCGCCGACAAAAUAACUCAAAUGGAAAGGCUGAGCAUAUGCAAAAAAAAACAAAAACAAAACAAAAAAAACCCCAAAAAACAAAAAACAAAAAACAGGGAAAAAAUAAAUAAUCUCUCCAAGUUGGAAGCCUCCUGGGAGCGAAGUGAGUCCUUAUCAAAGUUACAGACCUCCAUUUGGAAAACUCAAACUGCCAGCCCUCCCGCAGGGUGCAGUGGUGCAUAAUUAACGCAGUCCCAGACACAGGUCACUUCUCCCCCCCCCAACCCCCUAACCCCUACUCCCACCCCCCACCCCCAACUCCCCUACCCAACCCCCAUCCCCCCACCCCCGUGUAUGUCUGGUUUUCAGUAAGGCCAGUCCUUUGGAUCUCCGCUUAGGACUUUGUAUUUGUUCUCCAGGAAGCCUUUGCACAACCGGGAGAAUUCAGAAGAAGAAUCUGAAUGCCUAUCACUAGAAAAAGGCAAGUGUUUGGAAUCCUAGGUAUUUGGUAAAAAGAAGCAAGCUUGGUCACAAGAUACUGGUAUAGUUGUAGCUGAUGUUGGUUUGGUUUGGUUUUGCCUUUUCAUCAGGAAAGCAAAUAGAACAAGGUUCAUAAUGUUCCAAUUCUGCAAAACUUCCAUGUUUCAAAUAAGUCUUUGUCCUGAAGGUCACACCAAUGCCCUCCUCAUACCCUCGCUGCAGUACGCGCUUUGCGGAGUUCCCUGAGCAGGCUGCAGUUUGAGUUUGAACCCUGGGCCUACGGGUGCACGGAUGCUAUCAGCGUUGAUAUGUCCCUCCCACUUCCAGAUUUAGGUGAAAUGCCACACAGUGGAGCGCAGUGACUGUCCAAGGGCUGUUAAUAUGAGGAGGUACCUCGUGCCCGCAACCCCCACAUCCUGAGCGCGCCCUCUGGCGGGGAAGAGUCUUGACCCUAGGAGAGAUCAGAAGCAGAAGAAACCCAAGAAAACGCCCCUCCCUCUGUGCUUGAGGAGACCUACUCUGAAGUGGGAUUUCUUCUUGCAAGCUUUUCUAGAAGAAUCCUGCAUGGGAAGUGGACACACCUACUGAAACUGGCAAACACAGCGGCGCAGCCCAGCACUUCACGUCUUGCUUGCAUCACUUCCGGGUGUUGUUGUUGUUGUUGUUGUUGUUGAUGAUGAUGAUGAUGAUGAUGAUGAUGUUUUUAACUCUUUCACCAACCUCGCUUGUUUUUUCCCAGAUAAAAUGGAGCCCAGUAGUCCUUGCUGUUCCCUCAUUCUUCAACCUCGAUGAGCCAGGCUAAGACCGAAAGCAAACUAAGAACUGAGGCUGUUUAUAACGCUAUAACUGUCAUCAGUGGGCAAACUGGCACAGACAGGCCUCUGCAAGUGGAAAAACAUUUAACCCUGGGCUCGCUCGCUACUCGCCGGAUUGUCACAGCAGCCGGAGAACAGGAGGAAACCCGCCUGGACACGGGUGAAAGGUGGAAGCCGGAGUGCCUCUUUGGGAACAUUCAGACGAAUGAAGAUUUUUCUUCCCUUGGGAGACUCCAUAGAAAUAGGUUGCUCCUCAAGUGGAGAGGCAGCAUCUACAAACUGCUGUACAGGGAAUUUAUUGUUUUUGCUGUUCUUUACACAGCAAUCAGUCUGGUGUACAGAUUGUUACUUACAGGAGCCCAAAAACGUUACUUUGAAAAAUUAUCAAUUUACUGUGACAGAUAUGCUGAACAAAUUCCAGUAACCUUUGUGCUUGGGUUUUACGUUACUCUGGUAGUGAACCGAUGGUGGAACCAGUUUGUGAAUCUGCCUUGGCCAGACAGGCUGAUGUUCCUCAUCUCCAGCAGUGUCCACGGGAGCGACCAGCAUGGGCGCCUGCUCAGAAGGACGCUGAUGCGCUACGUCAAUCUCACGUCCUUGCUCAUCUUCCGCUCGGUGAGCACAGCGGUGUACAAAAGAUUCCCCACCAUGGACCACGUGGUCGAAGCAGGUUUUAUGACGGCAGAUGAGAGGAAGUUAUUCGACCACCUCAAGUCGCCUCAUCUGAAAUACUGGGUUCCGUUCAUUUGGUUUGGAAAUCUUGCAACCAAAGCCCGGAAUGAAGGCAGAAUCAGAGACAGCGUCGAUCUACAAUCACUGAUGACCGAAAUGAAUCGGUACCGCUCUUGGUGCAGCCUCUUAUUUGGUUACGACUGGGUUGGCAUUCCACUGGUUUACACACAGGUCGUCACUCUCGCCGUCUACACGUUCUUCUUUGCAUGCCUGAUCGGACGGCAGUUCCUGGAUCCCACCAAAGGCUACGCGGGACACGACUUGGACCUGUACAUUCCCAUCUUCACCCUCCUCCAGUUCUUCUUCUACGCAGGAUGGCUCAAGGUUGCCGAGCAGCUGAUCAACCCUUUCGGGGAAGACGACGACGACUUCGAAACAAACUGGUGCAUUGACAGAAACCUGCAGGUCUCUCUUCUGGCUGUGGAUGAAAUGCACAUGAGUUUACCCAAGAUGAAGAAGGACAUUUACUGGGACGACUCUGCUGCUCGGCCACCGUACACGCUGGCAGCGGCUGACUACUGUAUACCUUCCUUCCUGGGCUCAACAAUCCAAAUGGGGCUGUCCGGGUCCGACUUUCCCGCGGAGGAUUGGCUGUGGAACUAUGAGAAGCAAGGCCACCGGCACUCGGUGAUGAGGAGGGUCAAGCGUUUCCUGAGUACCCACGAGCACCCCGGCAGUCCCAAGAGGAGGAGGAGUUUCGGCAGGCAGGCCAGUGACAGCUCCAUGUUCUUCCCCCCAAGCCCAGCUCGGGAUCUGCUGAAUGUGCCCUCAAGGAACCCCCACCGAGGCUCACCUACCCGGAAGCAAUCCCACUCCCAGGAGGGCAGCCCUAAGCUUCACUCCAGCAUGGGAGAAUUGUCCACCAUCAGGGAGACCAGCCGCACCAGCACUCUGCAGAGCCUGAGCCAGCAGUCCAGUGUGAGGGCCUCCCCUACCAAAAUGCCCCAGGUCCCCGAGGUCCUAAUCACUGCAGCCGAAGCCCCGGAGGCGGCGUUCGCAUCAGACAACCAUCAGCGUGACUCCACUACCUCCAUCUUGAGCCUCGAGUUCACUGGGGUGCAGGCGAGCGGGACUGAGCAGCAGGAAGACCCCUCGGGGAAGGUGACACCUCCUGGGGACCCCGAACCCCAGACUAUUUCAGCCGGGACUGAAAAAGACUUGUUCAAGUUUGAGGAAGAUCUAGAUGAUGACAUAUUCCCCAAAAGGUGGAGCCUACCAGUGUUUCGGGAGUCCAGGCACACCUCCCUAGGAAACUUAGGUCCGGAUCCUGUGAGUCCAGAGAAUGCUCUUUUACUUGACACAGAAACAUCCUCAGAGACCAACGGAGUCCAUCCUGGGGCUGGCUCUGCCGUCUCUCCCGACAUCCUGUAUUUAAUGGAAAGUUUGGAUAAGGAAACGGACAUCCUGGAGUUUAACAACGAGCACACUGAAGAACCCCUUAAGGGAACACCGCCGCGCCCCAGGACCUGGUUCUAGCCUAGCUUCCUACUUUAUAUAAAGCUGUGCGCACUGACCCAGGGGGAACAGCCCCCAGGAACUGGCCAGCAUUUAGAGAAAUGAUCCUACUAUACAGGCUACUUCGAACUCCUUAGGGCAUUAUGUUGCUGCAAAGCUCAAACGCAUCCACAUCGUCUAGCACAAAGGGGCUUUCGUGAAAAUUAUACAGCCCAAAGUGGAUUACUGUAACCAAAUGAGGGACAGCAUACAAAUGUAUACACCUACAUCUGAUUAGCUUUGGAGAGAGCCAUAACAGAUCAUAGUCCAAUCCCAUAGAAAGCCCAGAAACAAAGGGCCCUGUUCCUUUUCCGGCUCCUUCCUGUACCGCUCUUUUUUUUUUUUUCCUUUAGCUACAGAGACAAGAAAUAGGCCAUACCAUGCCCAGAGGCCUUUUUCUUAUAGUUGUUCCACUGACUUCCUGACCAUCUCACACCCACCUUCUAUAACUGGUGUUUCUGUAACUCUUAAAUUCCCUCAGCACCAGAAAGUUCCUUUUCUCUUCAAGAACGAUCUCACUGUCUGAUCUUCAUUUUUCUCUCUCCCUCUUUACUUUCUUCCUCCAUUUUUCCUCGUCCCUCCUCCCUCGUCUAGCUCCUCCCAUGACUCUAAUCUGUCCCCCUUUCCAGGUUACAACAUUUUUCUCUUUCCAACUCGGUUGCUCAUUGCUUGUCACAUGUGCAAACUCUGGGAUACUGGGAGGGGAGACUGACACACCCAGCCUUUCAUGCUUCCAGCCCUGCUGUAAGAGGUGUAUGUGGGUUGAUGGUGUGUAUGUGCGCUGACGGUGUCCGCCACUAUCGCAAACACUCCGUUCCUGUUCCUUCACCUUAGAAACCGGAGAAGAAGGAGCUGGGGAUUUAGCUCAGUGGUAGAGCGCUUACCUAGGAAGCGCAAGGCCCUGGGUUCGGUCCCCAGCUCCGGGGAAAAAAAAAAGAACCAAAAAAAAAAAAAAAAAAAAAAAAGAAACCGGAGAAGAACGAAGCUAAGAGGAUAGGAGUACAGCAUAGCCGCGUGCUACACCACCGAAGGACGACAUGGUUUAGAUCUGCUGAACGCAGUCCUAAGCAAAACCAUCCCAAUUGUAUCAAAGCAUGGAACCACUUACUGUUUCUAUGGGGUUGUUUUAUAAGAAGACAUCAGAGCUGCGUAGAUUACAGGGUCCAGAACCGCACAGUGAAAACAGAGUUGCCAACCACCUUUUCAGAAGCCCGCAGGUUAUAUUUUGCAAGCUCGCAGCUUUGAAAAGCUUUGCUUCCUGAGCGCUUAGCCUUUCCACCUGACAGGUCACGGAGCUUGAGAGGGUGGCUUCGGAAACAAGAAACUCUAAUAGCAGUGACACUGAUCGGGUGUCUCCGUGCUCCUUGCAGUCACGUCUAAAGUCCACAGAUGAGCUCAGAAUCCUUGAAGAGGCUGAGGAGACCGACGUACCAUUAGCUCCACUUUAAAGAUGACAACAGACGCAUCAGAGAGCUCAUUUUCCUGAACUCACACAGCCAGUCAUAUCUGGCUCACGAGCCCACACUUCCUUACUAUACCAUGCUGUCUGUGAAGCCCUGAAUCGGCUAGCACUUUGCCCCAUCUUCUAGAGGAUGCCCCAAGGCAGCUAGUCACAGGUUUGUGCCAAUCCUCUCCAGCCCUGGAGACCUCUCUGGAUCUUCCCUGCUCAGGACAAUCUUCAGCCACAGAGGAGAGCAGAGUUUCUGCCUUUGAGCCUUAGCCACUGUCUUUUUCAUGUGUCAUUAUAGAAGAAAGCUGGUAAGAAUCCCUAUUCCUUCUGCUGUCACACAGUCCUGAUGUGCUGCGUUAUAAGGGGCGCAUUCCCAGAAGACCCCAAAUCGCAACAGGCCUCGAAAGGGGCAAAAAGCAACAACCCCUCCCUUAACCGGCUUUUCUUAAAGGACUGAGAUGAUAGGCUGUUAGAAGAAAUGCUGUGUACAGAUGGUUCUCUACGUUGCUCCUCACCGUUAGCUCCCAGGAAAGGACUGUAAUCCCCAAAGCAUUACAGACAGGCUUUGGGGCUCAAACCCCAUUACUUUGCUAAAAGGCCAGAGCCCCAACCUUUCCCAGUCACCACCGCCCUCAGACACUUUCCUUGAGUACACAUCUGGAGGGGGAUGAUAAGUCCCCUCAUCUUCUUCUCUUUAGUUCCACCUAUUGUUUAGAUACAAGUAACUUUCUACUUUGAAGGGUAAUCAGUUUUCAUUCUUAAAUCCAAAGCUAUCAGCUGCAUGCAGAAGAGUAGCUUUAUGAAGAGAUGGGAGGUGUUCAUUUAUCUCUAUUCCUGUGUAUCUCUUACACAGCUUUAUCACUGAGAAUUCGUUAAGUUCCUCAAUAUUUCCUCAAAUUGUGAGACUGUCUCUGCUUUAGUUAAAGUUCCUAUUGCUGUGCUGAAACACCGUGACCAAAGAGUAAGCUGGGGAGGAGAGGGUUUCUUCAGCUCACACUUCCAAAUCAAUAGUCCAUCAAUGGAGGAAGUCAGGGCCAGAACUCAAGCAAGGCUGGAACCUGGAGGCAGGCGCUGAUGCAGAGGCCACGAAGGGGAUGCUGCUUACUACUGGCUUGCUCCACAUGGCUUGUUCAGCCUGUUUUCUUGUAGAACCCAGGACUACUCUUCAAGGAUGGCCCCACCCACCAUGGGCUGGGCCCUCUCCCAUUGAUCACUAAUGCCUUACAGCUGGAUCUCAUGGAGGCAUUUCCUCAACUGUAGCUCCCUCCUUUCUGAUGACUCUUGGUGUUGACACACAAAGCCAGCCAGGACAACUGACCCCAUGUCAACUUGACACACAAACACUCACUCUUAAGCCACAACUCUCCCUUUCUUAUUCAUCCCCAAGAUCUAUAACUUUAAAAGUCUCACAGUCUCUACGAAUUCAAACACAUUAAAAUUUCAGUCCCUUUAAAAUAUCUAAUCUCCUAAAUCCAAAGUCUCUUAACUGUAAGCUCCAGUAAAAUACUUUGCUUCAAGAGGGGGAAAAAAAUCAGGGCACAGUCACAAUCAGAGCAAAGCAAAAUCAAACUCCAACCAACCAAUAUCUGGGAUCCACUCAUGCUCUCCCGACUCCUUCCAAGGACUUGGUCACUUCUCCAGCUCUGCCCUCCGUAGCACAGAGCUUAUCUUCUAGGCUCCGACUGGCUCCAAUCCGCUGCUGCUGCUGUUCUUGGUGGUUGUCCCAUGGUACCGGCAUCUCCAAAACCACCGAGAUCACAGGCUACACGUUCACCAAUAGCCUGUCAUAGGCUUUCUUCCUGGUCCCAAGCCUCAGCUUCUCGGCAUAACCUUUUCAGUCCCAGGCUCUCAACUGCCACUGAGGCUGCAUCUUCCAAUGGGCUCUCCCGACCGCCCCCUGUGCCAACCCUCAGUGGCUCCCCAUGACCCCUUCAUCCCUGCAAAACCAGUACCACCCGGGUGACUCUUACGCACACCAAGUGUGGUUGCCAGCAUGAGUUGCUGUCUUGGCUGCCUCUGGAACACAGCUUCUCUGUGCUCUCAGGAAACACUUCCCGGAAGAUUUCACCUCAGUGAUGCUGGUCUCUUUUUAAACCCUGGUAAUUUCUUAGCUCCCGCUGACCCAGCAUUAAUAGUCCUAGUUAUGCAAAGGUUUCCCUUCAGUAGUUCUGGUCUUGUUAAUCACAGCUGAUUCUUCAGCCCCAGCUAACCAAAACCACAGAAUCUUAAAUCAAAACCGCAAACAUUCUGGAUUGAGUCUUUAAUCUUCCCUCUGAAAUGUCACAACCCAGGCCUCCAUCUUCUGCACUGCUCUCACCAUUCUUAUCUUCCAAGCUCCCACAGAGCACCCCACUGAGUUCUCAACUCUCAAUGGGUUUUCCAGCACAAAGUUCCAAAGUCCUUCCACAUGCUUCCCUAAAGGAUAGUGGGGUCUGUCACAGUGAUACCCCACUACACUGGUACCAACUUGUCUUAGUCAGGGUUCCUAUUGCUGCGAUGAAACACCACCAUCAAAAAGCAAGCUGGGGAGGAAAGGGUUAUUGGGCUUACAAUUCUAGAUCAUAGUCCAUCAAUGGGGGAAAUUAGGACAGGAACUCACACAGGGCAGGAACCCAGAGGCAGGAGCUGAUGCAGAGGCCAUGGAGGGGUGCUGCUUACUGACUUGCUCCCUGUGGUUUGCUCAGCCUGCUUUCAUAUAGAACCCAGGAGCCCCAGCCCAGGGAUGACACCACCCACAGUGGGCUGGACCCUCCCACAUUGAUCAAUAAUUGUGAAAAUGCCUUACAGCUGGAUCUCAUGGAGGCAUUUCCUCAACUGUAGCUCCUUCCUCCCUGAUCACUCUAGCUUGUGUCCAACUGACACACAAAGCCAGGCAAUACAGCCUCCCAUUUGGUCCUCACACUUAAAACCGAAUCGUGAAGUGCUCGAUGAACCCAAACGAGGAAAGUCUCCAUCCUAAAAUGAGUCUUUAUCCCGCAUGGCCAGGGCUCCAAAAAUAAAGGAUUUAUCCUCUCUGCCUGAUUUUCACCUGUCUAGAUUGUUUUCUCCCAAGCUCUACCUCAUAGACAAAUAGUCCAAUGUCCCCGUGCUGUGACCAAUCAAGAACAGGCUUAGCCUAGUUGUGUUUUGACAUAAUCUGCAUAUCAGAGCGGUAGUGAGGCCAAGCCUUUGUUUUCCUCCAGAUCCGAGAGACAGCACUCCCCUGACUCUGAGGUUCAAUCUCCGUUAAACACCCAUUGACUUUUCCUCUCCUGUCCAAGUCUUUAAGAGCCACCCGCUCUUUCUCCUUCAUUGUCCCAUCCGCCCAGUCCGUUGCUUCCAUUUCUCCGGCGUUCACUUUCAGCCUCCUCCAGCCAAAGGAUAGAGAGCAUGGAUGACUGCAAUGGGGAGAUACAAAACCUACCAUCUGUACGAAGAAGAAUCAGUGAAUCACCUCAGAACAACUUCAAAAACUUGAACGAAGCCAUGCAUGGCGGCACAUGCCUAUAACCCCAGCACCCAAGAGGCUGAGGCAGGAGCAUUGAAAGUUCAAAGUCAACUAGGUCUAUGUGAUGUGUCUAGCCUGGGCUAUAUAGCAAGAUCUUACUUACCUCUAAAAUCUAAACCAAAACAAGCAAACAACAGCAAGACGUUGAGAAAGAAAAGGGCAGGCAGGAAAUUGAACAAAUACAUGUCCUUGCAAACAUAGAUUCUCGUCUAGAAAAUGGACUGCUCACUAGGCUCCACAGCCCCUCUUAGCCAUUGUGAGCAUCCAAGGAAAAGGCUAGGAGCCUCAGAUUGUCCUGUGUGACCGGCAAGCAUGACUGUGACUGUGUUCCAGGGACUUAGCACAAAGCUCUCUUCUCACUAUGGCGAUCUGUUCUUUGGGUCCCCCCUUCCCCUUGGGAUUCUCAUCCCUGUUGUUUAGAAAGAGUUCCUUCUGUCAUUCACAGCAUUAAGCCUCUGACUUAACUGUCUUGUCAGUCUCUUCCUUCCUUGAUACUAGUGCUAAAGUUGAUAUCCAUCCGCAUGGUCCUUGGACCUUACAAAUCCCAAAGGGAAAUAACUUUUCAGGAUGAGAAAACACUUUCAACAAAGAUUCAGCUCUUCUGUUCCCCAAAUUAAAAAGGAGUUGUGAUUAUUUUCGUAUAAAGAACGUGGCAAAUUUCUGAAUGGCACAUUCAUUUAUCCGCCUUCAGUCUGAUGUUUUCCAGCUGGCCUCAGUUCAGAGGUCUGUGUCCACUGCACCCUGAAAGAAGAGAAGGGGGAUAAUGCCCUCCCCGUGAGUGUGGUGGGAUUCGGACUUCUGCUUCCCUGUUUUGGGGAUAGCCAGCCCCCUUCUAUUGGGGCAUAACUUGCAUUCCCUGUCAUUUUCAAGUUGUGUGUCGAAUGCUCAAAAGAGCACUUGACCCAUUAAGACAGACAGACAGACAGACAGAGAAUGAAAAUAAAAGAAAGAUAAAUAAAAGCAAGUUAGAUCUACACCCAAAGCACAGAGCCUUCAAGUCUCAAUCUAAUGUGGCCACACACCUAGCUGUGUGGUUUCAGUCAAGCUACCUGAGUAUCCAGGACACCGGUGUGCUCCGUCCCACAGAGAAUGGUCAGCACUGCCCUCAGAAGCAAGCGAUGCACUUGCAAUGAUGCAUAGAAAAGUAGCGUGUGUGCAGAGGGGGCACACACAAAAUCAUAAAUAACACGGCAUGGAUGCUUGAAUGGAAUGAGUCUCGGCAACAUCUCUGGAGAUCCUGCGCACGAGGGAGGGGAUAUCCAAUGAGCACCAAAGAAGCAGGUUCAAGUAGAGAGGUCACCGGAAUAACAAGGCUAUACAGUACUUGGCAUAUGUCGGGCAUGCUAAAUGCUUCGUUUCCAUUGGUCUUCCAUGUGUCCAUCUCGGAGGAGGACUGGAGAAGCUCAUCAGUUCACACACUCUCUAACAAUUAGCAUAGCAAUUAAAGUCUUAACUGGGAUUGAAAAGCAUGACUCUUGGGUCCAUCCAAAAGGACAACUAGGAUUGAGAAUGCAAUGGGCGAGCACCUACCAGCACAGCGCGCCGGAGCCACUCGACCUCCUCCACUGACUUACCUUCAAAUGUGCUCUGGGAGCCGGGAAAGAGGCAUUCACUGGAUGUCUGCUGACUGUGCACCCAACGCUAUGGUACAUGGUAGCCGUUCGUUAUCCCACUCAGUUCCCAAGUGGGCAUGCCCCUGUCUGUGUUUGCUUUACACAGGAGCAAGCUCCGGUCCAGAGGUGAAGAGGCAUGUCUAAGUCACAGAGCAAAUGGGCAGCCACAUCAGGAAUCACCAUCAGUCAGGAAUCACAGCAGCUGAGUCUCACGCCAAGCCCUUGGCAAAGAUACUGUCUCCACAUUGGAUGCUCCAAAUGGACAGCCCGUUUCUCCAUAAAUACACAUGUGACCAAGUGCUCUUUGCAGUUCCGUCCUCAGGAGCCCUUCUCCCCAGGAGCCUCCAUCAGCAACAGCCUCGGCUUUUGAUUACUGUGAAGGACUCUGUCAUUAGGCAAAGCUGGUUUGGAUGCCGAAGCAAUCCUUUGGGCCCUGCCUGUGAUCUCCCAUCCUCUCUUCCUUGCACAGAUAUGAAGUUUUAGGAUUAACUGCCAUCCUUUGAAAUAAUAGAAACAAUAUUAAAUGUG